AACAAACACCUAUAAAAGUCGUCUACCUCACUCCUCAUCACCUCUUUAUUCGUUCUAUUUUUAGGGUUUCUCUCCACCCCCAACACUUCUUCUCUCCUUCUCUAUCUCUCACUCUCUCUCUCUCGAUCAAAAUUUUCCAAAUUCCCUAAAUUUCUAGGGUUUUCAAUCUGAUGCAUCUAGUUCUUAUCAUUACUACGCGAUCCGGUGGCGCGUGAUUGCGCGAUGACGGAUGUAAUUCUGGAGGUUUAGUUCUUGUAUGGAAACUCGUAGCCGAAAACGGGCGGAGGCCUCCUCAUCUGCCGCCACCAACACCACCGGUACCACUACUCGCUCCAACAAACGACCCCGCACCAACGCUGCCACCGCAACAGCAACGACAACAACCGCCACCGCUACCCGCUCUCGCUCCACUCGUGCUCACCCUCUCCCCAUGGAUUCCACCACACCUGUUGAAUCGUCUUCUUCUUCUCGCUCGCGUCGGAAUAGGAACAAUAAUAGCAAUAGUGAAUCGGAGAAAGGCAAAGAGAAAGAACAUGAAGUUAGGGUUUCACGUGAAAAUAGGGAAAUCAGUAAUAAUUUGGAUUCUGGAAAUGACAACAACAACCCUAAUGUCGAUGAUGACGAUGAUGAUGACAGCGAAGGCGGUGGAAUUGGUGCUUUCCAUCAGAAUUUGACUUCAGCUAGUAGUGCUUUACAGGGUUUGUUGAGAAAGUUGGGCGCCGGUCUUGAUGAUUUACUGCCUUCUCCAGUGAUGGGUUCAGGUUCAAGCUCGCAUCAAUCAGGGAGAUUGAAGAAGAUUUUGUCUGGGUUAAGGGCGGAUGGAGAAGAAGGGAAGCAAGUGGAAGCUUUAACGCAGCUUUGUGACAUGCUUUCUAUCGGGACUGAAGAGAGUCUGAGUACUUUUUCUGUGGAUUCCUUUGUUCCGGUUCUUGUUGGGUUGUUGAAUAAUGAGAGUAAUCCUGAUAUUAUGCUGCUUGCUGCAAGGGCGAUUACGCAUUUGUGUGAUGUCUUGCCUUCGUCUUGUGCUGCUGUUGUUCAUUAUGGCGCUGUUUCGUGUUUUGUUGCAAGGUUGAUUACUAUUGAGUACAUGGACCUUGCCGAACAGUCUCUGCAAGCUCUAAAGAAGAUAUCUCAAGAGCACCCAACUGCAUGUCUGCGUGCUGGUGCUCUUAUGGCAGUGCUUUCUUAUCUUGAUUUUUUUUCUACUGGAGUUCAGCGAGUGGCAUUAUCUACUGCUGCAAAUAUGUGCAAGAAACUUCCUUCAGAUGCAGCUGACUUUGUGAUGGAAGCAGUUCCUCUGCUUACCAACCUUCUUCAGUACCAUGAUGCCAAGGUUUUGGAGCAUGCUUCUGUUUGUUUGACAAGGAUUGCUGAAGCCUUUGCCUCAUCUCCAGACAAAUUAGAUGAACUGUGUAAUCAUGGACUUGUCACGCAAGCUGCCUCUCUCAUUUCCACUAGCAGUUCUGGCGGCGGACAGGCUUCUCUCAGCACUCCAACAUAUACGGGUUUAAUUCGACUGCUAUCCACCUGUGCAAGUGGGUCUCCUUUAGGAGCCAAAACAUUACUUCUUCUUGGUGUCAGUGGCAUUCUUAAAGAGAUACUAUCAGGUUCUGGGGUUUCUGCUAACUCCCCUGUUCCUCCUGCUCUAAGUCGACCAGCAGAUCAGAUUUUUGAGAUUGUCAAUCUGGCAAAUGAGCUUCUUCCUCCGCUUCCUCAAGGAACUAUCUCUCUCCCAACCAGCUCUAGUAUGCUGGUCAAAGGAGCUGUUGUGAAGAAGUCUCCUUCCUGUAGUUCUGGGAAACAAGAUGAUAUCAAUGGAAAUGUUCCUGAGGUCUCAGCUCGUGAGAAAUUAUUAAAUGAUCAACCAGAGCUUUUGCAGCAAUUUGGAAUGGACCUCCUUCCUGUUCUGAUACAGAUUUAUGGUUCCAGUGUCAACAGUCCUGUUCGCCAUAAGUGUCUCUCAGUUAUUGGGAAGUUAAUGCACUUCAGCAAUGCAGAGAUGAUUCAGUCUCUACUUAGCAUAACAAACAUAUCAAGUUUCCUAGCUGGGGUGUUAGCAUGGAAAGAUCCACAUGUCUUGGUUCCUGCCCUUCAAGUAGCCGAGAUUCUUAUGGAAAAACUUCCUGGGACUUUCUCCAAGAUUUUUUUCAGAGAAGGUGUGGUUUAUGCUGUAGAUCAACUUAUCUUAGCUGGAAAUCCAAAUACUGCUCCUGCCCAUGGUUCUUCUGCUGAAAAGGAUAAUGAGUCUGUUCCUGGAAUUUCAUCACGUUCCAGGCGUUACAAACGUCGCAGUGGGAGCUCAAAUCCUGAAGCAAAUUCAUCUGAAGAAUCCAAAAAUCCUAUUUCUGCAAAUGCUGGCUCGCCUCCAAGUUCUAUAGAAAUCCCAAUGGUCAAUUCAAAUUUGCGAAUGGCAGUCAGUGCAUGUGCUAAAGAUUUCAGAGAUAAGUACUUCCCCUCAGAUCCCGGGGCUGCCGAAGAUGGGGUUACUGAUGACCUUUUACACUUGAAGAAUCUCUGCACAAAGUUGAAUGCUGGUGUUGAUGACCAAAAGACUAAAGCAAAGGGAAAAUCAAAGGCUUCUGCAUCUCGUCUUACUGACAGCUCCACAGAUAAGGAAGAGUACUUGAUUGGGGUGAUAUCCGAGAUGCUAGCAGAGCUUGGCAAAGGGGAUGGUGUAUCCACUUUUGAGUUUAUUGGCAGUGGUGUUGUGGCAACCUUGCUGAAUUAUUUUUCUUGUGGCUAUUCUACUAAGGAGAAAAUUUCAGAAGCUAACCUGCCAAAACUUCGGCAACAAGCACUUAGAAGAUUCAAGUCAUUUGCUAUUCUGGCCCUUCCUUCCAGCAUUGAUGAAGGGGGUGUGGCGCCCAUGGCAGUCUUAGUUCAGAAGCUUCAAAAUGCUUUGUCAUCCUUGGAGCGUUUUCCUGUUGUUCUGAGCCAUUCGACUAGGUCAUCUAGUGGAGGUGCACGCCUGUCUUCUGGAUUAAGUGCACUAUCUCAACCUUUUAAGUUGCGUCUCUGUCGGGCCCAAGGAGAAAAGACUCUCCGUGAUUACUCUUCCAAUGUUGUACUUAUUGAUCCAUUAGCAAGUUUAGCUGCCGUAGAAGAAUUUCUUUGGCCGCGAGUGCAGCGAAGUGAAACUGGUCACAAGGCAUCAGCAUCUGCAGGAAACUCUGAAUCUGGGACUGCACAGCCUGGAGCUGGUGCAUCAUCUCCGUUGACCUCUAUCCCUGCUUCUGCUACUCGUCGUCAUUCUUCAAGAUCCAGAUCAUCUGUUAAUAUAGGAGAUUCAGCUAGAAAGGAACCGAUACCAGAGAAAUGCACAAGCACAAGCACAAGCACAUCAAAGGGAAAGGGCAAAGCUGUUUUCAAACCACCCCUGGAGGAGACAAAAGGACCUCAAACUAGAAAUGCUGCUCGUAGAAGAGCAGCCAUUGAUAAAGAUGCACAAAUGAAACCAGUGAAUGGGGAUUCUAGUUCCGAGGAUGAGGAAUUGGAUAUAUCUCCUGUUGAGAUCGAUGAUGCAUUGGUGAUUGAAGAUGAUGACAUCUCUGAUGAUGACGAUGAUGACCAUGAAGAUGUGUUAAGAGAUGAUUCUCUUCCUGUUUGCAUGCCUGAAAAGGUACAUGAUGUGAAACUGGGUGCUGCAUCAGAGGAUAGCAAUGUUGCACCACCAGCAAGUGACAGCCAAAGCAAUCCUGCUUCUGGUUCGAGUAGCAGGGCUGUUGCUGUCAAGGGCUCGGAUUCCACUGAUUUUAGGAGUGGUAGCUCUUAUGGAUCUAGGGGAGCUAUGUCAUUUGCCGCCGCCGCCAUGGCUGGGCUUGGAUCUGCUAAUGGCAGAGGCAUCAGGGGGGGAAGAGAUCGACAAGGACGUCCCUUGUUCAGUAGCUCCAGUGACCCUCCAAAGUUGAUCUUUACUGCUGGUGGGAAGCAACUAAAUAGGCAUUUGACAAUCUAUCAGGCCAUCCAGCGACAACCUGUUCUGGAAGAGGACGACGAAGACAGGUACGGUGGCAGGGAUUUUAUCUCCAGUGAUGGGAGCAGGCUUUGGAGUGACAUAUAUACCCUUACAUAUCAAAGGGCAGAUGGCCAAGCUGAUAGGGCUUCUGUUGGGGGCCCAAGUUCUAGUGCAUCAAAGUCUAUCAAAGGUGGUUCUUCCAAUUCAAACUCAGAUACCCAAGUGCACCGCAUGUCACUUUUAGAUAGCAUCUUGCAAGCGGAACUUCCUUGUGAUUUGGAAAAAUCUAAUCCUACUUAUAAUAUAUUGGCUCUACUACGUAUACUUGAGGGUUUGAACCAGCUUGCUCCUCGCCUGAGAGUUCAGCUAGUUUCUGACAACUUUUCUGAGGGAAAGAUCUCAAGCUUGGAUGAGUUGAUGACUGCUACUGGUGUCAGGGUUCCUGCUGAAGAAUUCGUAAAUAGCAACAAGCUCACACCUAAAUUAGCUCGACAAAUUCAAGAUGCCCUUGCUCUGUGCAGUGGGAGCCUUCCAUCAUGGUGUUAUCAAUUAACAAAAGCAUGCCCAUUCCUGUUCCCUUUUGAGACCCGGCGACAAUACUUCUAUUCAACCGCUUUUGGAUUAUCCCGUGCUUUGUAUCGCCUUCAGCAGCAGCAGGGGGCUGAUGGUCAUGGAUCGGCGAAUGAAAGAGAGGUGAGGGUUGGAAGAUUACAACGCCAGAAAGUUCGUGUGUCCCGAAACCGUAUUUUGGAUUCUGCUGCAAAAGUAAUGGAGAUGUAUUCUAGCCAGAAGGCUGUGCUUGAAGUAGAAUAUUUUGGGGAGGUCGGCACAGGGUUGGGUCCUACCUUAGAGUUCUACACACUUUUGAGUCACGAUCUUCAGAAAGUCACUCUUGGAAUGUGGAGGUCAAAUUCAGCAGCAGAGAAACCUUCAAUGGAAAUUGAUGGAGAUGAUGACAUAAAUGGAAAAGCUGUUGCUGCAGAUCUUGUCCAGACUCCACUUGGUUUGUUCCCUCGUCCUUGGCCACCAACUGCUAGUGCUUCUGAGGGGAGCCAAAUAUAUAAGACCAUUGAGUAUUUCCGGCUGGUUGGACGGGUGAUGGCCAAAGCUCUUCAAGAUGGACGGCUUUUGGACCUACCACUUUCGAUGGCAUUUUAUAAGCUUGUGCUUGGUCAAGAACUUGAUCUGUAUGAUAUUCUUUCAUUUGAUGCUGAAUUUGGGAAGACUUUACAAGAAUUGCAUGCCCUUGUUUGUCGGAAACAUUAUUUAGAAUCAAUAGGGAGUGAUCGCGAAGCCAUUGCUGAUUUACAUUUUCGUGGGACCCCGGUGGAAGAUCUCUGCUUGGAUUUUACUCUUCCGGGUUAUCCAGACUACAUUUUGAAGCCAGGAGAUGAAACUGUCGAUAUCAAUAACUUGGAGGAAUUCAUAUCCUUGGUAGUUGACGCAACUGUCAAGACUGGGAUUACGCGACAAAUGGAAGCAUUUAGAGACGGGUUCAAUCAGGUUUUUGACAUCUCCUCGUUGCAAAUAUUCACGCCACAAGAAUUGGAUUAUUUGCUUUGCGGUCGCAGAGAGUUGUGGGAGCCUGAUACACUUGUUGAUCAUAUAAAAUUUGAUCAUGGAUACACUGCCAAGAGUCCAGCCAUUGUUAACCUGCUUGAGAUUAUGGGAGAGUUCACACCGGAUCAGCAGCGUGCAUUCUGCCAGUUUGUUACUGGGGCACCCAGGCUACCACCUGGAGGUCUGGCUGUCCUAAACCCAAAAUUAACCAUUGUGAGAAAGCAUUCUUCAUCUGCAGGGAAUGCAAUGCCAAAUGGAACUGGACCUUCAGAAUCAGCUGAUGACGACUUGCCUAGUGUCAUGACUUGUGCUAAUUACCUAAAGCUUCCUCCUUACUCGACCAAGGAAGUUAUGUACAAGAAAUUGCUGUACGCAAUCAGUGAAGGGCAGGGAUCUUUUGAUCUGUCAUGAGUAUUUUUGAGUAGGUGAUCUAAUCUCUGUAUAUUUACAUCACAAGAAUCCCAGACUUUUUCCCGGGGUGCAUUUGAGAUUACAAGGCUUCUUUUUGGUGCUUCUUUAAGCUAUGUCAUCAAGGUUGGUUGCUGCUGCAUUUUCAUGCUGUAAAGAAGGAACAUGUGGAGGCGUGUUCAGUUGCUAAUUCUUGUAAAUAAAUAGAAAAAUUUCAAUUUUUUUCUACUUAACUUUCUUGUCCGAUAGAAUGAAAUAUACAUGUAUUUCAAGUAAUGGUGGGAAUGGCAAAAUAAACAUUGAAAUAUUUCUACCCCCAUCCCUUUUUUCGUAAUUUUGUUGUUUUAUUU